AUGCAGCAUAUCCAUUUAGAUUUAGAUCCUUUUGGUAGUGACGAUUGUGAGGAUGAAUUAUCUUCAUCAGAAGAUGAAGAGUUGAUAAACAUUGAGAACGAAAGAGAGGACAAUUCAGAAACGAAGUAUGAUGAUGACGUGGGAGGGAUUGAUGAUCAAAACGAAAUUAAAGCGGCAGUAAACCAAUCCACUCUAAAGAGAGAUGAAAGCCUGGGAGCAACCCAGAUUCAAAUAGGGUCAAGUUUGGCGGCCUUAGGCAAGGCUCUUUCUGUUCUUCUCAAUAUGGAUGAGGAAACAAAUCUACCCUUAAUUGAGGCGAUAAGUGAUGCAGCUAGACUUCUGGCUGACGUACAUUUUCAAGAAUCAGAGUCUCAUAGAGCUUUGGUGAGUCUUACUCUUAAAAAGGAUCUUAAGGACACCUUGAUCAAUGCAGCAUAUGAUGGUUGGGGAAAGCCGAGAAUUUACACGGACACGCCAGAAAAAGAGAGGCUUCUAGAAUUGGCAAAUAUAAAGGAGCAAAAAAAAUGUAUAAAAGAACAGAGGCAGCGUGCGAAAGAGCUUAAUACAGCAAGAAAGUUGCUAGGAUUGUGUCCUGACAAAUCUAAAAAGCAGGCGAAGAAAAUCAAGAAUCGUAAAUUGUCUGAAACAGCAAGUGAUUCCACAAGUUGUUCCGGCUAUUUUGAAAUUAAAGAUUCAUCUUCCGAUUCAAACUUCUGCCCAUCUAAUGAGAAUACCAUUUCUGCUGAGGAAAUUGAAGUGGUAAAAAUAUUUUACCAAGAUAUAUCCUACAAAUUUUUAUAA